AUGGAAUGUCAAGUUGAGGAAAAGGAGAAUUUUCAGAACUUUCUUCUGUUUGCUUUUAAUCAAGGUUCUAAGGCUGCAAAAGCUGUUCGUGACAUUUGUGCUGAUCACAUAAGAAACACUGGAAAUAAAGGUAGUGUCAACUAUCUGUCUUCAACAACUGUGACAGAGUUUAUCAACAUCAUGUCUAAUAGCGUUUUGCAAGAAGCUGAGGUUAAAGAAGCGAUGAAAUAUUUUGGCCUGAUUGUUGAUUCAACUCCUGAUAUUUCCCAUGUUGAUCAACUAGCCAUAGUUUUGCGAUACGCUGAUAAAGAUGCUGAACCUGUGGAACGGUUUUUAAAAUUUGUAACCAUCCAUGGCCAUAGCACUCAGCAACUACAAAAAGUAAUUACAGAUUUUCUUGAAAACAUGCAGAUUGAAUUGAAGUAUUGCAGAGGACAAUCAUUUGAUAAUGCCAGUAAUAUGUCAGGAAAGUAUUCUGGACUUCAAGCACGUUUUUAA